UAUCACAUUUAGUUCCAUUUAUUAAAGAAAUUUUCUGAAAAAGCUAUAUUUGUAUUUUAUUUCUCAUACUUUCCAUUACAUUAUCCUUCAAAACACAAAGCCACGAAAACAGUUUCGUGCCCGCGCCGCCGGUUUAAUAUCACCGAAAAGUUAAGGACAAGUUUUCAGUUUUCUGUAAAUAUUUUAAAUUUAAACAUGUGAACUCAAAUGUCGAAUUUAUCGACGUUUUACUAGAACUUCGAAAUGAAGUAUUUGUUCUGGUGUGGGUUCGAUCGUCUCUGCUUCAGAAUCCCUGAAUUCGAAUCUAUUUGUCGAGUUUUGAAGAUUCAGUUGAACUGGAUUUAUAAAAAUGAUUCACAUCCCUGGGUUGUGUUAGAACUUCAGUCAGAUAAUGAGGCCAAGAAAAUUUUGUCUAGAAGUAUUUCAACUAAGCAUUGUAUCAAAAUAUGGGGGGAGGGGGACAGCCUGGAGACAUUUCAUACCUCCCUCCGCUCCUUCCCGUUCCAUGAGCACACAGAGCUCCUCGCACCUUCAAAUAGUUUUAUCAUCAACGUGGAGACAUUCAUGAAGAAAACCAGUGUCAAGGAAAGAAUUGAUAAGAUAGAGACUCUAGACUAUGUCCCGAUAGAGGGAAGGGUGAACCUAAAAACACCUGACGUUGAAUAUUCCUACCUGGAGUUCUGGGGACUUGAUCAUAACAAUGUUCCAGACCAUCCUUUGAAUAUUUUCUUUGGUCUUAAGAUUGGUGACGGACAACGACAUUUAAUAACUAAGCAGUCCAUCAAGACAAGGAAGUUUAUUGGGAAUACAACCAUGGAUGCUCAGUUAGCCCUUCUCAUGGCAAACCUAGGGGGUGUGGAGUUGGGUAGCUUUACCUUAGAUCCAUUUGUUGGAACUGGCUCCUUACUACUGGCUGCAGCAGAAUUCGGAGGCAUUGUAUUUGGAGGAGAUAUAGAUUUUUUAACUCUACAUGCUAGAACUCGACCUAGCAGGGUUGGAGAUAAAGUCCGUGCGAAGGAUGAAAGCAUGGUUGCAAACUUUGAGCAGUAUCAUCUUACCAGAUGUUACGGAGAUGUGAUUGCUUGUGAUUUUUCUAAAUCCCCCUGGCGGCAGAAAUUAGAAUUUGAUUGUAUCAUUACCGACCCUCCUUACGGAAUCAGGAAAGCUUUGGCUAAAAAUAUUAAUUUUUUAGACGAGCUUCUCCCCUCUCAUCCUAGCCUGGAGAUCCUGUACAACUGCGAGCAGAUCCUCACCUCCCACACAAGCAGGAGGCUCAUUGUUAUGCAGAAGAUGUCCGAGGUUCAAGGAGAGCAGUCCAUGAAGACAAGGAAGUUUAUUGUAUUUAUUAAAGGUGACGGACAAAGACAUUUCAUAACUAAGCAGUCCAUCAAGACAAGGAAGUUUAUUGGGAAUACAACCAUGGAUGCUCAGUUAGCCCUUCUCAUGGCAAAUCUAGGAUUAGUGAAGGAGGGAAAAUUUAUUUUGGAUCCGUUCGUGGGAACCGGUUCUUUGCUCAUAGCUGCUGCUCAGUUUAAAGGACUAGUGUUUGGGGCAGAUAUUAAUCUGUUAACUUUAAACGCAAAGAACAGACCAAGCAGAGUCGGUGAGAAGGUUCGGGGGGAAGAUGAGAGUAUGAUUGCCAACUUUGAACAGUACGGACUCACAUCGUCUUACGGAGAUGUGAUUGCCUGUGAUUUCUCGAAAUCCCCCUGGCGGCAGGAUUUGAAGUUUGAUUGUAUCAUUACAGACCCGCCAUAUGGAAUUAGAGAACAGAUACGAAGUGUGCGAAGAGACCGAGAACCCCCUGAAGGAAGAGAAGAUGAAGUUUACUCCUUGGAGAAUAUACUCCAGGAUCUAUUGAACUUUAGUGCUGACCGGCUUUGUCUAGGUGGCAGGCUGGUCUACUGGAUACCAAUCAUUAGACAGGAAUAUAAGGAAGAAUUGCUUCCAACCCAUCCUAGCCUGAAGCUUGUCUACAACUGUGAACAAGUGCUGACUGCCCACACCAGCAGAAGAUUACUCGUGAUGGAGAAAAUUAUAGAAAAUACGGGAACUGCUCAAGUUCAUGGACAAUUAACUAAAUUUAAGGAUCAAUUUUAUAUCCGUUGGUAGCUAGAUCAAAGAGACAGCCACAGUUAUUCUGUUACCAAAUUCAUUCUGGAAGAAACCACAGUCAUACUUGCAAGAAGCCACUGUUUUUUUUUGUAAGAAACCUUAGUCCUUUUUAGUAAGAAAUCCAAGGAGUCUGCUAAAAACAUAAAUUUGCUCUCAAAAAGCAAGUUUAAAUUGUUAAAUAAUAACAGAUUAAUUAAAACUUCCAAAUCUCUGAAUGGUAAGCCCAGAAAAGCACAUUUUUAACAAUUCUUCUUUUUUCAAAUUAAAAAUUAUUGAAGAAAUGUUCUGGACCUCAAUAUUGAUCCGUAUCCGUUGUUAAGACACCAUCGUCAUUAAAAAAAAACUUCAAUCCUACUUGUAAGAAACCACAGUCCUUUUUCUAAGAAACCACAGUCCUAUAUGAAAAACCAUCGUCCUACUGUUAAAAGUCCCAACUUAGUAAAACCAGUCAUUUUUAAAAGUCUUUUUUACCGUUGUACAGUACUAUCUAUUUGUAAGUUUAAAGUAGUACAAUUUGAAUUUAAACAAAACUAUUGCAUAAGCUUCGGUCCAAUUUGGUGAACAACGGUUUCGAAAAAAAAGUUUCAUUUCCAAUAAAGAUUAAUUUGUUAAGUAGCUAAUCUCGAACUUUGAUGUACAUUGAUUUAAGAAAUAUCAUUAAAACCUGAGACCAAAUUUAAUGAAUAGUGAGAAGUAGCUGAACCGCACCACAAUUUCUAUUGUGCGCCAGUUUAAUCUAACGGGUGGUUGAACCACGUCUACACGGUUCAACCAUGUCUUCCUAUUCAUUAAAUGUAAUCCCUGAAAUACAAUUCCUGAAGAUCAAAUACAUUUUUAAUUCUAAUGUUUACUUUUGAAGGCUUUUUUUCAGA